AUGCAGAAAAUGAAUUUUUCUAGUGCACUUCUGAUCGUCUUCAUCGCUGUAUGUGUGUUGCAGUCGUCGUCAUUGGCAAUCAAAAGCAAAAAGUCUUAUAUAGUAUACUUGGGAGGACUAGAUCAUGAAUUUGAAGCAUCUCAGAUUAAAGAUUCUCAUUUUGAGUUUCUUGGUUCAAUAUUAGGGAGCAAAGAUAGGGUUGAUGAGGCCAUGAUUUACUCGUACAAUAAACAGUUUAAUGGCUUUGCUGCUCUUCUCGACGAAGAGGAUGCUGCUAAACUUGCAGAGCAUCCGGACGUUGCGUUGGUGAUCCAGAAUAAAGGCAUAAAAUUACACACAACCCAUUCUUGGGAUUUCUUACAGCUUGAAAACAAUGGUGUCGUUGGUUUGUAUUCUUUGUGGACGAGAGCGAAAUUUGGCGAAAACAUCAUCAUUGCCAAUCUCGACACUGGUGUUUGGCCCGAAUCGAAAAGCUUCAGUGACAAUGGUUAUGGGCCCAUCCCAACUAAGUGGAAGGGUGGUUGUCACAAUGAAACCUUAGUUCCUUGCAACAAUAAACUUAUUGGUGCCAAGUACCUUAACAAAGGUCAUGAGGCUUUGCUUGGAAAAACGGAUCCUUCAAUGAACAAUGCGCGUGACCAUAAAGGGCACGGUACCCAUACAUUAUCAACUGCAGGCGGUAACUUUGUCUCAGGAGUGAAUUUCAGUGGAGUCCGGAUGGGAACAGCCAAAGGCGGUUCACCACGAGCCCGGGUGGCUGCUUACAAGGUCUGCUGGCCAAUCCCUCCAACAUUUUUAAAAUAUGAAUGCAAUGCAGCAGAUAUAGUCAAAGGGUUUGAAACUGCCAUCUAUGAUGGUGUUGAUGUAAUAUCAGCAUCUCUUGGUGCACCACCUACUGAUUACAUGAAUGAUGCUCUAGCCAUUGCCUCGUUUCAUGCUGUUAAGAGAGGAGUCACUGUUGUGUUUUCUGCCGGUAAUGACGGACCAAGUCCUGGAAGCGUGUUCAAUGUGGCUCCUUGGGUUAUAACCGUAGGGGCUAGCACAACUGAUCGGGACUUUCAAUCUUUUGUUCACCUUGCUAGCGGACUGGACUUGAAGGGAUUAAGCAUGCCCAAUCCUAUACCACGUAAUGGACUUUAUCCUCUAGUUAAUGCUGCAAAUGCUAAAGCUGAAAAUGCAACAUCGAUGGAUGCGAUGUUUUGCGCUCAAGGGGCACUUGACCCGGAGAAAGUUCAAGGGAAGAUUUUGGUUUGCCUGAGGGGAGGCAAUAUAGAGCGGGCUGACAAAGGCGCAGAAGCAGCACGUGCUGGUGCUGCUGGCAUGAUUCUUUGCAAUGAUAAAGCCUAUGGUGAUGAUAUAACAGCUGAACUUCAAUUGCUGCCAGCAAUACACAUCACAUAUGCUGAUGGGCUUCGUCUCUAUGCCUACCUCAACUCUACCAAUAAACCAAUGGGCUACAUAACCCAUCCUGAAGCUGCUAUACACAUGAAACCUGCUCCAAAGGUGGCCCAGUUCUCUUCUAGAGGCCCAAAUUCGAUCACACCGGAGAUUCUUAAGCCUGAUAUUACAGCCCCUGGAGUGAAUAUCAUUGCAGCAUACUCCGAAGAUCCGAAACCAGUAUUACCAUAUAACAUAGACUCAGGCACUUCAAUGGCCUGCCCACAUGUUGCUGGGGUUGUUGGUCUCCUCAAACGUGUCCACCCUGACUGGAGCCCUUCUGCCAUCAAAUCUGCUAUCAUGACCACCGCAAACAUAAUAGACAACAGUGGGAACCCGAUGAUCGAUGAAACUAAACAUGAGGCGAGCCCAUUUAGCCGUGGAGCUGGAGUCAUUGACCCAAAUCGAGCAAUGGAUCCUGGACUGGUUUAUGAUCUAACUGUCAAUGAUUAUCUUGACUUCCUAUGCACUAGAGGAUACAACAAAACAAUAAUUCAGAAGUUUUCUGGUCAGCCUUAUGAGUGUCCUAAAAAUUACAACAUCUUAGACUUCAACUACCCUUCCAUAACUGUCCCGAAACUUAACGGUACUGUCACUGUCACAAGAAGAUUGACGAAUGUGGGCCUACCCGGAACCUAUACAGUUGGAGUUAAGAGCCCUGCUGGGAUAUCAGUGGAUGUGAAGCCAAACAUUCUUGCAUUUGGGAAGAAUGGUGAAGUACAGAAGUUUGAGUUGACAAUGAAAGCUGAUGGCACAAGGGUAGGUAGAGAUUAUGUUUUUGGCGAACUAACAUGGUCUAAUGGCAAUCAUUACCAUGUGAAGAGCCCCAUUGUAGUCUCUAUGGCCUAAACCA